CUAGGGACUUGUCAAUUCCACGCUUUUUAGUCAGCGCCUGAAUAAGCUCCUUCCGGACGCUAUCGUACGCCAUUUUGGCUUCCAUACCAGUGUCUGCCAUGAUGGGGCUAGAGGUACCCGUGCUCAAUACUGUGGCGCUUCUCGGAGCAAAGCAAAAUCCAGUUGGAAAUCUUCUUCUAUAGACAAGAUUAAACCAGCAGAGGUGCACCUUUCGUUACAGGCAGGUUACCAGCCUCUAUUUCGUUGGAUGGGCUUCGAGAUCCAGUCACGUGCCAUUCUGGCAGGUCGUUGCUGAAGCAUUAUUCGUCCUGGUCCAAAGUAUGCAGGGGGGAGGGAGAGAGGCUUUUCAACGGUUUGCCCAGCAACUCCAACGAAGCCGAUAUGCUGCAGCUGGGGGAGGUGGCUUCCCAGGAGGGUCUCAAGGUGCUAUUGGUGGAGUUGGUGUAACUGUAGCCCUUAUCGGAGGAGCAUAUCUUUUGAACAAUUCCCUGUUUAACGUUGAUGGUGGCCAUCGAGUUAUAAAGUACUCGAGGCUUCAUGGCAUAAGGGACGAAAUUUAUAACGAGGGCACGCAUCUUUUGGUUCCAUGGUUUGAGAAAGCUGUAGACUUCGAUGUGCGUGCAAAACCAAGAAACAUAGCCAGUUUGACCGGCACCAAAGAUCUUCAAAUGGUCAACAUCACAUGUCGUGUGCUUUCCCGUCCCGAGAUCAAACGUCUCCCCGUCAUCUUUCGCGAGCUCGGCAUGGAUUAUGACGAGCGUGUGCUCCCCUCCAUCGUCAACGAAGUCCUAAAGAGUGUCGUGGCGCAGUUCAAUGCCAGCCAACUAAUAACACAACGUGAAAACGUUUCACGGCUUGUCCGCGAACGACUCACAGAGCGAGCUUUAAGAUUUAACAUAGUUCUAGACGAUGUGUCGAUUACUCAUGUCGCCUUUUCUCCUGAGUUUACUCACGCAGUUGAAGCCAAGCAAAUUGCGCAACAAACAGCCCUGAGGGCUGCAUUCUUGGUUGACCAAGCGAUCCAAGAGAAACAAUCCAUCAUUAUUCGCGCAGAGGGUGAAGCUAAAUCAGCAGAACUCAUCGGCGAGGCCAUCCGCUCGACCAAGGGCUUUUUGCAACUGAGGCGCCUUGAAGCUGCCCGUGACAUAGCCCAAAUGUUGUCGACAAGUGGAAACAAGGUCAUGCUUGACUCAGGCACCUUGCUGUUAAACGUCACGAGUGAGGAUCUACUUGGUAGCAUGAAACUCAAAAAAUAGCCAUAUAUCUUUACUCGCUGUAUUUGCUCCGAUAUGAACUCCUGCCAUGAAUGGUAACAUGGUUAUAAGUAUCGGAUUGAUAUGACACCAAUUUUACUUCUGGUGGCAAGCUGGGAGCGCGUCAAAAAGUGCCGAUGGAAGUAAUGUCAAAACGUUCCGUGGAAAGGCACGAUUUAGUGCAUGUCACUCCAUAACCGUGUCCACGACGGGGCUGACACGCGAAGAAGGAUGUUUACUCUCAGAAGGUCGAUUUGAAAAGAUGAUGUCCUUCAGGAUUUGGGCUAUGA